CGUAGAACUCGACGGUUUUGUUCGUAGUUGCUGCAUCGUUCAUACCGAAAUAGAUCUACUCGAUCAUGUUGCAAUCUCUUCUGCUUUUCUCGCAAAUUAUCCUGAUACUCUCGGCGAGAGUCUCGUCGCAGAAAAAGGAACCGACUUGUCAGGACACGGAUGGUUAUAACGUUUGUCACUACAAAGGAAUACUCGUCGAGGUUACGCAACGUCGUUUCGAGGAUCGAUUGAGUAUAAGCGACCUGGAUCUUUUGGCGAUUCGCGAGGAUGCCUUCAAGAAUCUGACAGCGACUCACUUAUAUCUGAAUCAGAACAAUCGAAUAUCCGUGCUAAAGAGAGGAUCCUUUCGUGGUCUGCCAAAAUUGGAGCGUCUCCAUUUAGACGACAACGUGGUGUCAUUGUCGGAGAACUUGUUCGCGGAAUUGGGACACUUGCAGUCGCUGUCGCUGAUCUUCAAUAGGAUCAAUUCGAUACCGAAGGAUUCGUUUGCCGGUCUAUCGAGCUUAAUGUGGUUGUACCUGGGUCAGAACGACAUCCCGGCAAUCGAGGCGGAAUCCUUCUCGAAUCUGAACCCUGGACUGCUGUACCUGUGGCUCAACAACAAUAAAAUCGCCCAUGUGGCCCCGGGAUCCUUCGCCGGGUUAACCGAACUGAAUCGCCUCCAUUUGGACUAUAAUCAGCUGGAGAGCUUGCCGAGCGGUGCAUUUCGAGGAUUGAGCAAGUUGGAAGAUCUCUUCCUAAAUAACAAUCAGAUAACAAGCAUCUCCGAAGCGCUUCUUCGUGACCUAGUCGGUCUGAAGAGACUCUAUCUUCAACGGAACGAGAUCAGCACCCUCGCACCAGGAACGUUUCAGGGGCUGUUACAGCUGGAGCAACUGCGAUUGGAUGGAAACAAACUGUCUCGCAUUGCAGUGGGUACUUUUGUAGGUCUCUCCAAGUUGGAAGAUCUCAAUCUGUCCGAUAAUAACAUCCACACGAUAGAUAAUGGCGCUUUCGCUGAUGUCGUCGAAUUGCGGAUCCUCCACUUGAGCGGCAACAACGUCACCGAAAUCGAUAAGAAGAUCAGCGGACUCCCAUCUGAGGUUACUGUCAUCCAGGCGCUUUAAGGAUUUGUUUGCAUCUCGACGUAGAAUCCCUUUGCGGCUUUGAGAAAGGAAAUAAGUUCUCAUCUUAUUUUUAUGAUCGCAAUCUCGUGUCUUAUACACGGGAUAUUAAUACGCGAUUUUUAUACUUAUAUGUUAUAUCGAGAAAAUAAAUCAAGUUAAUAAAAUCCAGUUCAACUGUACAAUAAAUCAAAUAAGCGUCCGAAA